AGCUGUGGUUUGUGCGACUAGCCUUGUUGAUGAAGCUAAGCUUAUUCCAAAAUGCUGAGACCGAAUUUGAGCCAUUUGGGAAUCUCGACCAGCCAGAUUUGUACUACGAGUACUAUCCUCAUGUAUACCCAGGACGCAGAGGGUCCAUGAUACCAUUUUCAAUGAGAGUCCUGCAUGCAGAACUUCCACAGUAUUUGGGAAAACCACAGGAAUCAUUGGACAGGCUACAUGCUAUGAAAAUAACUUGCAUAAAGAUCAUUGAUAACCUGGAAAAUGGACUAGCUGAAGAUGGAAGCAUGAUCAGCGUAUCCUCUGAGAACAGGCAAGGUAUGGAUUUUGUUACUCUCUAA